AACUGGGAACGAUGGAAGACCUCUCUGGAUUGGCUGGGGCGACCAAAGAACACGGGAGCCCUCUCUUCCUGGCUGCAGCGAAGAGACAAUGGCGAUUGGCAGAUCCUUGUUGCAGGAGAGCGUGGAUUGGUCAGGUCUGGAUAAAGGGGCGGGACUAACAGCCCAGAAGCGGCGGCGGCGGCUGCGGAGCCGGUGUGAGGCGGCAGAACCGGGCUGUGGGCCUUGGCAGGGUGCGGCGAUAUGGAGGUGACGGGGAUGACGGCGCCCACGGUGACCGUUUUUAUCAGCAGCUCCCUUAACAGCUUCCGCUCUCAGAAGCGGUACAGUCGCAGCCUCACCAUCGCUGAGUUCAAGUGUAAACUGGAACUGGUGGUGGGCAGCCCUGCUUCCUGCAUGGAACUGGAGCUGUAUGGUCCUGACGACACGUUCUACAGCAAGCUGGAUCAGGAAGAUGCACUGCUGGGCUCCUACCCUGUAGAUGAUGGCUGCCGCAUCCACGUCAUCGACCAGAGUGGUGCCCGCCUUGGAGAGUAUGAGGACGUGACCAGAGUAGAGAAAUACAAGAUCUCACAAGAAGCCUAUGACCAGAGGCAAGACACAGUUCGCUCCUUCCUAAAGCGCAGCAAGCUGGGCCGAUACAAUGAAGAGGAGCGGGCCCAGCAGGAGGCCGAGGCUACCCAGCGCCUGGCUGAGGAGCAGGCCCAAGCCAGUGCCAUCUCUGUGGGCAGCCGCUGUGAGGUGCGGGCACCUGGGCAGUCCCCUCGCCGGGGCACCAUCAUGUAUGUAGGACUCACAGAUUUCAAGCCUGGGUACUGGAUUGGUGUCCGCUAUGAUGAGCCAUUAGGGAAGAACGAUGGCAGUGUAAAUGGGAAACGCUACUUUGAAUGCCAGGCCAAGUACGGCGCCUUCGUCAAGCCAUCAGUUGUGACCGUGGGGGAUUUCCCAGAAGAGGACUAUGGAUUGGACGAGAUGUGACACCCAAGGAAUUCACUUGUUCCAGCUCCCCACUCUGCCACUUAUCGCCCCUCUUUGUGUGUCCCCAUGGCCAUCUUCCCCUGACCUCACUAUAAUUUUAUUUACCUUUCCCCUGCCUUUAAUUUUUGUGACACAUGCAUUAAAUUACCAGAAACC